GCUGCCAAACCACGUCGAACCAUACAUGGGAAGCACAAGAACGCCACCAAAAUCAAAGCCAUCCACGAGUCCAAAGCCACGCCCCGCUCCCAUCGUGUUCAACUCUCUCGGAUUUUGGAAACCCACUAGGCGACCGAUUGCGUUUAAUAAGCUAAAGCACAAAUACCAGACAACAGCCUCUCCCGCACCAGACAACAACCAACAGCCCACCGUCUCCGCCAGUGAGCUUGGUCGGCUACCAACGGAGCGUGAGCCCGUCUGGAUCUCACCGGCGUCCGCGAUCGGUGCUGCAUCGCCCGAGCCAGAGCCGGUCUGGAUCUCGCCGGCGUUCAGCGGCGUAUCUCCGAAGCCCCAGCCGGGCUGGAUCGGCCCGCCUGCCACGAUGAGCACCGUCUCGCAGGAGUCGCUGCCCGGCCUGCUCGGCACGCUGUUCGCGAGCCUGAGCGUGGCUGAGGACGAGGCCGCGCCGCCGACGACCGGGCCGCCGGCGGACUCCGCCGCCCGACCGUGGUACAUCAUCGGACCGGUCAUGACCACCGCAAAGGACGAGUCGGGCGCGACGAAGCCGGCGGGUGAGGGCACCACGGGGCCGGCGCAGGCGCCGGUGACCGCGCCAGGUUUGACGUUCGCCAGCAGCUCGGAGGCGAGCACACCGCCCACGUAUGUGACUUCGGGAUACGCAGCGACUGCUUUCGCUUCCGCUUCUUCCGCUUCCGCGCCAUCAUCAGCAUCAACAUCUGAAACAACGCGUCCGUCCUUAUCCUUCGCGCGUCCACCCGCCAUACCUCAGUUCAACAAAUACGGCUUCUGGAAGCCUGAGAAACGGCCGUACCACAGCGUCCUACAGAAGCUCAAGCAGAAGUACCGGAAGACCACACCGGCGCCGCAACCGUCGAGCCCGCCUGGCACUCCGUCCAAGAUAUCGUACAUCAACCAGGACUUUCAUCCGGACCGACUGCACCUGGGCACACGACCUUUCGGCUUCAAGCGUCGUCCCCUCGGCGGUCGUCGUGGGCGCAGCGAGCGCUCGACGAACGAUCCCGCUUCUGACACCACUGCGGAGCUUCUGGCUAGUGUGGGGCGCAGUCUGCAUGCGGCACCGGACGACGCGCGGGCGGCGGAGGCGGCGGCACGCAGCUUCCGCGGCCAAUUUCGGCGCCGCGCGCAGCGACGGCAGUUCUCGGGUCGCUGCGUCACCGAGUGUUGGCUGGGCACGGUGGGCAUCCUCGGCAGUGUCGGCGGUCUUGCCGCCCUCACACUGCCCGUGUACGCACUGCUUGUAGCCUCGCUGGCCUCGUCCGGCUCGUCCAGCGCGUCCAGCUCGUCCAGCAGUUCGAGCUCGUCCGGCUCAUCGGGGAUUCCGGGUCUGGUGCUGUUCGACCCGGUGCCUGUGGUGCCGCCCGUGCCAUUUGUGGUGCUACCGGACGAGGUGCAGCCGCCGGCGCCUCCCGUACCUACAGGACCUCCAGGAGCUCUGCCUCCGUCAGGACCUCCGGGAGCUCUGCCUCCGUCAGGACCGCCAGGAGCCCCAGCGCCACCGGGAGCCCCUGGCGACGAUGCGUCAGGAGCCCCAGCGCCGCCGCCGGGCGCCUCUGGCGACGAUGCGUCAGGAGCCCCAGCGCCGCCGCCGGGCGCCUCUGGCGACGAUGCGUCAGGAGCCCCAGCGCCGCUGCCGGGCGCCUCUGACGACGAGGUAUCAGGAGCACCUUCGCCCGCACCACCGUUAGAUCCACAGUUUGGUGCGGUCGAGCUGGAGGAGGAGGAGGAAGAGUACGAUGACCAACAGCAGGAUGACGGUUUCUUCUUCCCCGAGGACGGCUUCGAGGACAGCGAGACUGCCGAGGCGCCCACCGCUCCGCAGGGACCACCUGGCCACUUCCACGACAAGCCAGGUACUCCCACGAAGCCCGUGGAUCCAGAUUCCACGAGCGGGGUGUUAGGGGAGAACUUUGGAGUGGAUGUGACGGAUUGCCACAACUUCAAGCUCUGCAUUCUUCACUCAAGAACUCCGGAGACAAACAAAGGUGUCACCUAUAUUUUCGUCUGUAUCACGGAGGUUACGAUCAUUUAG